AGGCUGUUCAUUUGAAUUUAGAAUGGGUUUGAAAUUGGCGUCAAUUCAAACUUCUCCGUGGAAGGCCCAGGCUGGACUUGGACGGCGGCGGCAACAUGGGUGGGUUGAAUGAUUUCUCGGUGCAGGUGACGGUGCUGUGGCUGCUCAUGAUGUUGUCCAUGGACGCCCUCAAUCCGGUGAAGGCGAUCUCGAGCUUCCUUGCCGUGGACAGCACCAUCUUCGGGUGGCUGAACUUUGUCGUGCUCGUGGGUGUGCUGUAUCACAACUUGUCGGACGUGAUCUACUUUUGCGUUCGCGUGUUCCUCAACAGCGUGCUGUCCAUCUUCUUCAAGAGCAUUGAAAUCGUCGGCAAGGACAACAUUCCCCUCGACGGACCCGUCAUCUUUACCGGGAACCACACCAAUCAGUUCGUCGACGGCAUUGUCGUCAUGAUGAACUCGUUCCGAAAGGUUUAUUUCCCCAUUAUCAUCCUUCAACUCAUUUUUGUGUUGAUAUCUUUCCAUUAGGUCGGCUUCCUCACGGCCGAAAAAUCCAUGAAGCUCCCCGUGGUCGGCCACAUUGCCAAGGCCAUGGGGUGUCUGCCGAUCGUACGUCCACAAGACGCCGUCGUGACGGGCGUCGGGCGAGUGUACAUGGACUCGUCUUCCACCGAGUCACACGUCCUUAUGGGCGAAGGCACGUCGUUCACGCGCGACAUCGGCCCUGGCGACCAAGUGCGCGCGAACGGCAAAGUCGUCAAGGACUCUGGCGCCCCCGUCAAGGUCGAAACCGUCCUGGACGACACGCACCUCGUGCUGGCAUCUCCCCUCGUCGACCGCGCUGGUGCCGUCGUCACGAGUGCGACGGCGUUUGGCAUUUUCAAAAAGGUCGACCAGAGCACGACCUUCACCGAGGUGUACACGGCGCUCAAGCGCGGCCAGUGCGUCGGCAUCUUCCCCGAGGGCGGUUCCCACGACCGGACGGACUUGCUGCCGCUCAAGGCCGGCGUCGCGCUCAUGGCGUUCGGUGCCAAGGACCAGUACCACAUCACGGUGCCGGUGGUUCCCGUCGGACUCAACUACUUUCGCGGCCAUCGGUUCCGUGGGCGCGUCGUGAUCGAGUUUGGCGCGCCCAUCGCCGUCACCAACGAAAACAUGGACGAGUACAAGGCGGACAAGCGCAAAGCGUGCAACGCGUUCCUGAGCGCCGUGGAGGAAGGCAUGCGCAGCGUGAUUGUGACCGCGCCUGACUACAACGUCCUCCAGCUCGUGUACACCGCCAGACGGCUGUGGCAACCCUCCGGCGUCAAGCUCACCCCCAAAGACACGCAGGAUCUCAACCGCCGGUUCGCAGAGGCUUACAAGGUCCUGUCGGACGUGACCGUCGCGCAGGAUGACCUCGCGCAGCUUGGCCUCAAGCUGGACGAGUACCGCAAGAGCCUCACCCUCAUGGGACUCAAGGACCAUCAGGUGCCGCACAUCGCGUGGUGGAGCCUCCACGAUGUGCUCGCGUCCGCCAUCUACGGCCUCGUCAUCUUUGCGCUGGCGUCGAUCCCGUCCUUCGUGCUCAAUGCACCCGUGGGUUUAGUCGCGCGGUAUGUGGCGCGCGCAGAACAGACCAAGGCGCUCGCCGGGUCGAACGUCAAGAUCGCGGCGCGGGACGUGAUCCUGUCCAAGAAGAUCUCGUUCUCAAUGGUCGCCGUGCCGUCGCUGUGGCUGUCGUACGCGGUCCUUGCGAUCGUCGUCACGGAUUGGCGCUGGAGCAGCAUUUUCCUCCUCACCGCUUCGUUCCCGCUAUUUUCGUACUUUGGCGUCCGAUCGGUGGAAGCAGGGAUCAUCGAACUCAAGACGCUGCGUCCGUUGUACUACCGACUGCAACCCAAGUACCGAAAAAUACAGGACGAAUUGCCGCAACGCCGCGCACGCCUGCAGAUGGAAGUGCGCAUGUUCGUCAAGAAAUACGCAUCACUCCUUGGUCCUUUGGCAGAAUCCACGCCGAUGGACUGGUCGGCGUACAUGCAUUUGCGCCAUGGGAAGGGAGGUGUCGAGGAAAACGACGAGCCUGUCCCCGAGACACCGACGAUCACCACGGAGCACGACCUCAGCGGCUUUCUCCGCGCGCACAAGACACCAUCUAUGAUCAACCUCGGCAGCUUGGACAUGGAAGGCGGCGCAGCUUCGUCGUUGACGCCGAAUUCUCCCCUAGAGAGCAAGAAGGUUGUCUAGAUUUUGAAUGGGAAUUGGUCAGUAUCCGGAUGUUCGUGUCCAUGUUGGGUAUUUAAAAGGAUUUAAAACAUGUGUUGCCCAUUCG